AUGGAACAAGCUGCGGCUCGCGCGUCUGCGAACGCGACUUCGUUCCUCCCUUCAACAGCUGACCUUCUUCUGGUCCUUCCCCGUUUGUUUGCCAGAGUCAGCUCGAUUGGGGAUAUGGUCCGCACUGGAGGUAGCGUAAUUGCGCAGCCGACAGCAGCAAACCUUACAAACACCACGGCAGCAAUCACCUCGCAGUUCGUACAAGAGUCCAUCGCAGCGGCGGCCUCGGUACCAACAGCUUCGCAGGACGACGUGGGAAUGUUUCAGGCGCUGAAGAACAUCGCUAGCCUCUUCACCUAUCUGACAUCAAAAGUACCGCUCUCCUUUGACCGAAUACACACGCGCGUUGCCCUGUACAUUAUUCCGUUGCUUCUCUUCCUACAUCAGAUUCACAGCCUGCUCCAGGCCAUACGAUGUCAGACGUCCCCUGGUUGGUCGGAAAUGCAGUAUGGCGCGCCUGGUCGACAACUGGAUAUGGAUUUUGGAGGGGAGGGAGGCUAUGUGUGGCGGGCUGCGUCGGCCAUGCUCUUCUGGGAGAACACGGCGGAAUCGUGCAUGGCGGUCGACAUGUUUCCCACGGAUGCUGACGCGACGCGAGCCUCAGGAUCACUUUCCCUCUUAUGGCCAAUCUUCUUGUCUCUGGGGCUCGGUCAGUUCGUCGAAACGAUGGCAUGCGCUCUCCAAGGCCAGCGCCCGACCCAGGAAGUUGGAAUGACCAUCUUCGAGCACUCGUUGGCGUUUGCUGAAGCUGAGGCCGUUGUGACCAAGCCUCUGACUAUGGAUACCACACGCUUCUUCAAGCCUCAGUCAGUCUUUACACCAGACGGUUCAUCGCUUCUGAUUCCGCGGGCGGAGCUCUCAACGAUUGCUAAUGUACCACCCGAGGUCCUUUUGAUCGCUCUCAUCUCCAGCAUCAGCCACUUCACAAGCAACUCGCUCGCCAUUGCGGGAGUUCGAUCCAGAUACAGGCUUGUAACUACUGCUAUCUGGGGUAUCGCAUACAUGUCUACCUUUGCCUGGAGUUUUACACGACUUGCAAACACAAUUGCAGAGGGAGGUCAACCCGUGGGCAUCUUGAGAUUUCCUGCUAUCUGCAUCGUCGGCUUCAUUCCCCAUAUCCUCGUAAUUACUGGCAUCACUGCUUGUGGUUUCAUAUAUUUCUUGGCUAUUUUCAUAACUGUUCUGUCUCCGCCACCAGGCCAGCCGGGACCGUUGACUUUGAAAGAGAGGUUUGCUGCAGCAGCAGCGAACCUCAAUGCUAGUAUCAACUUGUCCUCCAUCACACCAUUGACAGUCAACUGGAACGAAGACUUCUACACUGCCAUCCUCAAGGUUGGCUUCACGGUGUUGACGGCAGCUAGUGAAGCUGUAUUCCUCAACGAGGGACCCAAGGUCAAUAUGCACUCGAUGACCUGGCUCGAGAAGCAGAGAUUGCAGGAGGUUUUGGUUAGACGCAGGAGAUUUCGACAAGAUUUGAUCAACACGCCUACCGAGUUGAGAGGAGACAUGAUGGCGGAAGGUGUCGAUGUGCUGGACAAUUUUGCGGACGAUGCUUCAAGUGCCGCUACGACGUCUGGUUAUGCACAGGAACGCAAGGCCCGGAGUGUAAACGGUACAUCACAUACCACCAGAGCUGCGCGAGGGAAUGACCCAGCAGGGCUUCAACAACGCAGGGGACGGUUUUUCUCAACAUAUCUGUUCUUCAGAGGCAUUUCACGAUUGAUCGGGUUCAUACACGCCAAAAUUAUUAUUGCCGUCAUGACAAGACUUCGGAUCACUUAUCGCCCCAGAUGGCUCAGGUAUCUUGCAGGUCCUCGGACAAUUGAGAAGAUUCGAGUUUCAGAGUCGCGCUCCGGAGGACCAGAACGUCAAAGAGCAGCAGAAUCCUGGAUCACACUCGACGACCGUUCACGUGUGCGCCUGGACAGAAAUACGGAUGUCGAAGAACUCGCAAGGGAGAGGCUGCGCCAGAGCGGUUACCUUGCAGAACCAGAUUCGGCAGAGUCACAAGAACGUGUAAACGAUUACCUCUAUGCAUGGUGGCGCAACGGCGGCAAAUACAACGACGUUGAUACAAGCGGCGAUUAUGUUCCCCCUCUGGAUGAUGAUGCUACGAGUGUGGUGUCAUUCGCCGAGACAACAGACGACGAGUGGUCAGAUGAGGAUGAUGGACAACGGACGCCUACUCGAGACACGUAUCAGCGCAGUCGAGAAGAGACACCAUCGGCUGAGACUACCAUCGACCUUUCUCGUCUCUCGCACCUUCUCGAUCCAAGGACAAAGGAGGACAGGGAAGAGGCCAAACUACUAGCACGGCAUCUCCAGAGUCCCAACAUCAUGACACGCUCGCAGUACCGGAAGGUCCUCGAGCGCGAUGAGACCAAGAUCCUUACGACUUCCCGCUACAGGAUGGAUGGACUGCCCGACACGAACAUGAUGACGCCCGAAGAGGAAGAGCAGGCUCUCGAGGACUUUAUUCUCAAUCGCCGAGAGGCGACAGCGCCUCAGGGUGCAAGUGGGGCGGGCAGUUGGAACACGGGAGCAGACGGUAUGGGCGCGGAUGGGCCACAAUGUGUACAUGGACAGCGCCGCGAUGAUGACCCGCAGGCCCCUCUGCAGCCUCACUCGAGUGAGCUGUGGGGGGAGUCUGAGUCGCCCACGGGUGACCACGGAUGCGACGCGACGCGCGCAGAGGCGGACGGCGACGACGUCAACUCCAUGGAAGCCCUGGCACUGAAGGGCCUCAGGUUGUCGACGCCGCCACCAAAGAACAGGAUUGCCGAAUAUGAGGGCGCACUGGUGAACUCAGGACGAAAGACUUCAGAGGGCCUCCUGUUUGAGGUUGUCAAGAGUAGCAGGAAGCCGGGCGACAAGAGAUCUCCCAUUGUGGACAUGCCCAACGAGCUCUUGAUUCAUGCCAUCGCCCAUCUCUCGCCAGACGAUCUUGCCGCCGUGUCCCUGGUCUCGCGCCGCUUCCAUGACCUGGUCACCACCCCGCAUGCCUGGCAGGUUGCCUUUGCCCGCAACUUUCCCGGCCCGGACUCGCUCGAAGAUGCGGCCAUUCGUGCGUCCAUGGAAGACAGCGGCGAUGUUGUGCGGUCGGAGAAGAGAAGGUUUUCUAGGCUUACUGCUUUGGCGUCAUGGAGGAGCGAGUACAUUCUACGAACGAGGCUCCUGCGUUCCUUGUAUCGAGGCAAGCCUGUCCACGUCUCUUCAACGCCGUCUCGUGCCGGCCAGACACAGGCCGUUGCCCCAAUGAUCACGUAUAACGCCCAAACAUUUACGACUAUCAAUCAUCUACACGCUACUUUUGGCACUGGGCCCAACAAAAAGGUGCCGCGCAUUGUCCAUGGCGCAGAUGAUGUUGGUAUGGUGACCACUAGCGACCCCUUGACUGGCAAGGUGGACUCGUGGGGACAGGGCGAUCCAAACUUCUUCGGCCAGUUUUCUGAGCGCUUCCCUGGAGUGGCUGAGUGGGGAUUGGGAUCUGGAGAGGUAGCAGGGCGCCCCAAUGUCAUGGACGUGUCACAAUCCCACGGCAUGAUCUACGGGCAGGGCUGUCCGGAAGGCUCUUGCUACUAUCGCGGUCUCGAGGAGAUGCGUGGUCGUUACAUCGCGGAGCCUACUGACUUCACCAUGCCUGAAGCCGGCAUUCCUAAGCUCGGCGUCGAUGGUGGUACUAUUUGCUGCGUCUGGAUUGCGAAGUCCAAAACAAUACCUUCUCUCUCGGAUGGCUUGAUUGGGAUGAUGAUGGGCUCUGCAGCUGGUGUCGUGACAGCGUGCAGUGUUGGUACCGAUGGCCUCCGUGCUUCUCGUCUACAACGCGGUGAAAUCACUGCUCGCUGGGUACUCAGCCCCGGUGUGCCGAUCAUCGCCAUCGCGGUGGAUGAAAACUACUCGCUCAAACGACAAUCACAAAAUCGAAUCUGGGCUGUGGCUCUCAAUGCUCUGGGCGAAUUGUUCUAUCUAACCAAACUCCCGACUCGUAGUCAAGCUCCAAACCCCGACAUCGAAGAGUAUGCCGAGUACCUUGCGUGGCUCACCGGCCGGAGCGUGUAUUGGAACGUUGUAGAACCUAGCAGACGUACGGCGAGACCUGAUCCCUACAGCGAUGCCGAAGUCGAUGGGAGUUACUCUCCCCGAUCAUCAUGGGAUGGCAUGUGCUUGAGCAAGGAGCAGGUAAUUGCAGAGACCAGAGAGAUACAAGAGUUCCUUCGCAAACCACCUAAGGCAUUCCGGAAGUCUUGUCUUGGAUGGGAUAUGCGAAGGCGUCUCGAGGUAGACUUUGCCGGCGACGAUGGCAACUACGCUGGUGAGGCUCUCAUAGUCUUCGAAUGUGGACUCGAGGAAGGAGAUGUUGCCGACAUCACGCGCUUCAGCCGCUGGAAGACCGAGGACAAGGAGAAGAGCACCAACACCUCAACUCGGACCGCAACUCCACAAGCGUCUCACACUAUGUCUAUGUUCGGAGGGCCCGGAACGGGUACUUCAGAUCCAGCGAAAGCGUCUCUACGUACCCGUCGUUCGUCGUACAUGUCUUCUACCAGCUCACCGGAAAGGGCAAGUCUAGUCGAAGAAUGGCGAUGCUCAAAGUUUACAUUUGGUGGCUUCAAAGGAAUUCAACUCAUCACUACCACUCUGGAUCAGUCCACUUUCGCGACACUCACCUUGUCUGAAGACCCCGCACUAGGAUUUUCGACACCUUCUACUGCAUCAUCGCCCUAUGCUUCGCCAAUGUCAGUUGCAAGUCAGCCGGCCUCUCCUUCCGACAUUCCAGGUCAGCGAGCGCGGUUCGUAGCUGCCGGCACCAAGACAGGCGUUGUGCUGCUCUGGGAUACCAGAGCUCCUGUCUCGCGCUCGGCCGAGUAUCCGAAUAACAUCGAACCUCUUCGCAUCAUUUACACCGAGUCCCCUGAGAUUUCUUGCCUUGCUCUGACCUCGCUCCAUCUUGUUGUUGGUGGAAACGACGGCUUGGUGCAAGCUUGGGAUCCUCUUGCAUCUAGCAUGUCGCCUAUCAGAACACUCAACUCACGGUUCUCCUCACGCGCGCGCAGACGGCUCGUCCAAGCACAGGCUUCUGUCCAAGGUGUUGGUAUAAACAUGUUCGCCGCCGGUGCCGUCUGUCUCGACCCCGAUCCGACCGUCUUGCGUGGAGCAGUCUCACUGGGCAACCAACUUCGUUACUGGAGCUACAGUUCCUCGGCCGCAGAUCAGUACAAGAGCAGCAAGCGCCGUCUUCGCCGCUCUGAACGUGGGAGCAACAACGUCGGUGAGCGCUUCGCUGGCCCCGGCCGCGUCAAUCUCAAAGACUACAUUGCCAACGAGCAAUUCGAACUUGAGCGUGAUGAAGUGGAGCGAAGGAAAACCGCGGAUCGAAUGGCAGGGCGCUUUGGCACGGAACUGCUGGGCAGCGAAGAAGAGGCUCUCGCUUACGCGGCGAUGCUGUCACAAGAGACGAUGGAAGCAGAAGAGAGGCAGAGGCAGAUCGACAUUCUGCUUGUCAGCGAGACGGUUGCACCUGAGCCUAUUGUUCACGGGCAGUCCUCGGCUGCUCCAGUCGACGCCAAAGACGACGUCGACAUGGAGGCAGACAUUGCAGAAGCCAUCCGUCUCUCGUUGCAAGACGACGCUGCCGCAGAUGUGUAUGAGAUCAGCUCGCCCCCAGUCUACACAUCGAGUUUCGACAUUCCGAUCAAAUACGCCAAGGGCAAGAAGUUUGCGUCGCCGAGGAAAGGGAAAAAUGCCGCUGGGUCGAAUGACCAGGAUGGCAUGUCGGAUCUGGAGUUUGCGAUGCAGUUGAGUCUUGCCGAGGAGCAGAGUCGCAGGGAGAUGGAGGGGGAGGAGUUUCCACCGCUGAGUCCUCGGGUCAAGGGGAAGGGGAAAGCGAGGAUGCUUUGAUUUUAUAGUAUAGUAGUGCGUUGCUUAUGGGGUUGUGGGUUUCGAUUCGAUAGUGAUGUUUUGAGUGAGAGGUAAUGCCAAAGUACGAUGAAAUGUUUAAUACUGCGAUUAUGAAUUUCUACCUAAUUUGAUCCUGUUUUAUGCAGAC